AUGUCCAGGGUCCGGCCAGCCGUCUCGAAGGCCCCAAUCACGCGUGUCGAUGGGCCCACAGAGCGGCCAUCGCUGGUGGCCUGCAGGAAGAUACGAAGCGAAAGAAUGCAGAAUAGGCUGGUUCCGAACAUCCUGAUGGGGACCCCCGUCAAUGACGGCGUCUAUCCGUACAUGGUGGCCAUUGCAACAAGCAGCUUCGGCUCAAAACCUGCAUUCAGCUGCGGCGGCUCCCUGAUCUCGAGUAGGUUCGUCCUCAGCGCUGCCCACUGCUUUAGAAACACGGAAGUGCCAACGUUCGUGCGCCUUGGCACCGUGAACCUCGUGAAUCCCACAAAGCGAUAUCAGGACAUCGGCGUGAGAAACUAUAGCACCCAUCCGGACUACGUUCCCCGCAGAAAGUACAACGACAUCGCCCUCCUGGAGCUGGAGAGGGAGGCUAACAUUGCCGCACACAGCAACAUCUAUCCGGUGUGCCUGCACACAGAUCCCUGGGAUCUGCCAGUCAGCUCCAAGCUCUUUGUGGCCGGCUGGGGAGUCACGAACGUGCACAAUCGAUCCAUGUCCGAUGUCCUCCUGCGUGCGUCACUUGAUCUGGUGCCGCGGGACAAGUGCAACGAGUCGUAUGCCGUGCAUCCAACCGCCAUCUAUUCCCUGAAUCGCGGUGUGAUCGACUCGCUGAUAUGCGCGGGGGACACCAAGCAGCAUAAGGCCGAUUCCUGCCAGGGCGACUCCGGCGGCCCGCUCAUCUUGAACAUCCACGGGGAGGAAAAUCAGUACGCCAUAGUGGGCAUCAUAUCGUCUGGGUUCGGCUGUGCCACCAACACGCCGGCACUCUAUACUCGAGUCGCCUCGUUCCUGGAUUACAUUGAGAGCAUUGUCUGGCCGGAAAAUGUCCUGGGCACGGGGAUAUGA